AUGCCGGCCACGCGGUCUCAGCGCCGCUCAGGAGGGGGUGCCGCGGAUGACCCGCCACCCGCUGUCACCACCGUCUCCAGGAAGCAGCCGAAAAAGCCAAAGAAGCCGACCGCUGCCGGCCAGAUUAAGGACAUCCAGGCCCAGCUGAGCGCCCUCACGUCGGAUGACCCUGUCUACAAGUGUAUUGGAGCCCGGGCUAUGAAUGAAGGAGAGGGCAGCUACCAUCUGCUGAUGAGAGACAUCCCUGCCAACCUGUCAGUUGGUGAUGUCAUUGUUGGUAACCAUAGCAAUGGGAUAUUGGAGCAGGUUAUCCAACAGACAUCAACACCGCUUGGUGUCUUCAUACAAACUCAGCUGCAGGACUGCUUCACAAAUUUUGACUUCCGUGAGGAACUGAUGAGGAAGGACGGAGUAACCCUUCCUGCUUCCCUGCCGUGUUCGGGCGGACCGGAGGGUGCACACGGGCUGCUCAUCGUGGACUCUGCGGGAAUAGAAGUAGACCUGGAGACUGGCGAGGUGGUGGUGGGGAGAAGGAGUGGCAGGCUGUUGGCAAGGGUUCUGAACAUCACCCCAGUGGAUGAGUACACAUUAGUAGAGGUGGAGCCAAUCCUGAGCAGGUCCACCGUCACGCCGUCAAGAAGAAAACGACGGGAGGAUGUUACAGCUUCUCCAGCCAAGCAUUCAAUAAACAUCGUCAUCGACGACCAAUUCUCGGACUCCACCGAUAGUUACAAUAUUGAACUAUCUACAAGUGGGCGGCUCUCAUCUGAUAUCAAGCUCUCGCUUGCAGUUUCGACGUCAGAGUUUAAAACACCCACGCUUAAAAAGGUCGGAGCUUUCUUCAUCGGUGGAAAACUACAUGUGGGAAUGGAAGGUUCUUUAGACGUUUUGAAGAGGACGUGGACCAAGGGCAGUUUCCGGACGGAGCUGGCUCCCAUCUAUGUGUCCCUGUGUGUAGGCACACAACUGAGCAUACCGGCCAAAAUAUGGGCACACAUCGACACAGAGUAUAAUAUCUCUGCUGAGGGUCCAGGCAGUAUACAGAUGUCCUCCACCGUGACCAAACCUGACAUUGACGGCGGAGGUAGCUGGCAACCUCAAGAAGGAAGUCAAAUGUUCGAGUUUGACCAGAAUGAAGAAUCCGGCAGUGCAAAAAUUGGGAUAUCGCCCUACUCGGGAACAGCAGCUGAAAGUGAUCAUCGCAUCAUGCUGGAGCUAAAAGUCAAACCAAGAUUUUUCAUCGAGUUUCCCACAUCUGGAGAAAAUGAAGUCAAUGAUUGGACGAGCCCUCUAGGUACGCAAUUUUUUAAACAUGUUAUGGCGCAGGACACUUUUGGAUACACUAUCACCACCUCCAUUCAGUCACAAGCGCUCCUGCGUGUAUCAGCCCUGUCCUGUUCUACUGAGUGCCCGUAUUCAGACAGACCACAGUACGUCGUCGUCGUGUCAUCGUUGGACUAUCUUAAAGGAGCGUUGAAGGUUACAGUUGGAAACGACGAGUAUUAUCAGGAACAACUAUGGAGACAUGAGGAGUGGAUGGAGUCUGACAGCUGUCCUGACUGUGAGAAUGACGAGGAACCCGAGUGGCAAGACUGUGUCUGUAAGUGUCCACAGAAGACAGAGUGCGGGAUCCCACCUACAUGUGUGGUGGGGAGGAUGGGACCAGAUUGUAGACAGCCAGACUGCAGGCCAUGCCAAGGCUGCUCCGGAAACGGACGUUGCAUCACAUCAACACACAGCUGUCAGUCAUCCUGUGUGUGCUCGCGUCAGUGGUUCGGUGACUGUUGUGAGCUGCGCCGUCCUCGUCCUAUUGGAGGGGACCCUCAUCUCCAGACACUGGACGGAAAACCAUACGACUACCAUGGUAUCGGUGAGUUCUGGGACUGCAAGAGCGUCCCCAAUGACUUCGGCGUACAGACCCGGAUGUACGCGUAUAAAGGUGCUUCCCUGAUUGGUGGAGUUGCAGUGAAGGCUGGACACAGUGUUGUCACUCUGAUGACAUUACCAAAUGCAACAGAAAAUCACGUUCCCAACAUAAGGAUUGAUGGUGAACCGCGUCAUCUUUCUGUCGGAGAGAAAUAUCUCCUGAACAAUGGAACGAUACAUCUGCUCGCUCAGCAACCUUCUACAAACGCUACGGAGUCAGGGGCUGUUAUCAUCGUGUCUAUCACAUUUGCAUCAGGUGCAACUGUGUCAUUUGACAUCCGGUAUUCACCAAAGAUGGGCCGACAGUUUGUCAACAUUUUGUUCAGCCCCACUGCCACGUUUAAGGGCAACACGGAGGGACUGUGCGGGCUCAUGGAUGACGAUGAUGACAAUGACUUUACUGGUCCAGACGGUACUGUGUAUAACGACACUUCUGUAUUUGCCGAAACCUGGCGGAUAAAUAAAACCCACUACGGCUCAGGUCUGAUGGGGUCCUGGUCAUGGAACUCUUCUAACUUCCAUCCUGAUGACGUCAAGGAUCCUGCCUAUUCUGACCCGAACCACCGUCCUUCUGUUGGCAUAGAUGGACUGACUCAGGAGCAAAAGGAAAAAGCUGAAGAAAUGUGUAUCGCUCUCGGGCUGACCGGCACACUUCUUAAUGAAUGCGUCUUUGACGUGUCAAUCACUAACGACACAACCUUCACUGAACAGGAGGUUUUCAAAGGUUGUCCAAACCAGUGCUCCGGUAGGGGUCGCUGUGUAAACGGAACCUGUGACUGUAUAACGGGCUGGUCUGGUGAAGACUGUAACGUUGGAAACUGCACAGACUGCUCCGAGGAUCACGGGAAAUGUGAGCUGGGGUUUUGUAUGUGCCUGCCCGGAUGGGAGGGAGCAGCCUGUGAUCAACAAGCGACAUGUUAUGCCGUCAAUAACUGCACCAGCAUGCGUCACGGGAUCUGCAUAACCACAGAUGUCUGCAGAUGUGAGCCGGGCUACAUCGGUGCUGAUUGCAGUGUGGUCCCCACGUGCGGAAGUGUUGCUAACUGCACAAACCACGGAGUGUGUGUGGACUACGACAACUGUUUGUGUGAUGAACAGUGGACAGGUGACACGUGUGACCAGUUCUCAUGUGCAGCGUUGGAUUUCUGCUCUGGGCACGGAAGCUGUGUGGACAUAGACGUCUGCCACUGUGAGCAGGGCUGGACCGGCAGCUCCUGUGUCACACCGGACUGUCCUGAAGUUAACCAGUGUUCCCGCCAAGGAGACUGUGUUGGUCCGAACAUCUGCCAGUGUUACAGCGGGUAUCAAGGUCUGGACUGCAGUGAAGCCCAGAGUUGUCCUGAAUUGCAAGAAUGCAGCGGAAACGGGGUUUGCGUCAACAGUUCUGAAUGUCAAAGGGAAUGCAACUGCUUCCCUGGGUUCAGCGGCGCAAGUUGUGAUCACCCAGACUGUACUGAACAGAAUAACUGUACUAACCACGGCAGCUGCAUAGAGCCUAACCUGUGUCAGUGUGACAGUGGGUACACCGGGAACGACUGUGCCAACUUCUCUUGUGAAGCAUUGCAGUAUUGUUCUGCCCAUGGAAGCUGUGUGAGGUUUGACACAUGUAGCUGUGAUUCUGGCUGGUCAGGUGGUUCUUGCAACAUUGCCAUCUGCAGCAACAAAAGUGACUGCUCCGGCCAAGGCACUUGUGUCGCCCCAAACACGUGCGCAUGCUUCCCUGGGUUCCAAGGAGAGAACUGCAGUGAAGAGAACCUACCCAAUGAGCAUCCACCAGUCUUCCAGAAGCACAGAUAUGAUGCCGCAAUUCCAGAAAACCAGCCCGUUGGCUCACCAAUUCUUACAGUUUUUGCGAACGAUACUGACAGUGGACGUAACGGUGAGGUCAGGUUUAGGCUUGCCCAAACAGGUUUGAACAGUGAAAGUUUUGCAGUACAUCCUACUUCAGGGAUCAUAACUUCAGUUGUUGAGUUUGACUUCGAAUCGUUGGAGCACGCGUCGUUCAGUCUCACUGUUGAAGCAUUUGAUCAAGGAGUGCCGACACUUACGGGAACAGCCACGGUAAAUAUAAACAUAACGGACCAGAAUGACAACAAACCUGUCAUCAGCAUCCCCCCUGAAACCGAGUACAAUCUUCAAUCCAUAUCCCCUAUCGGCUUUCACGUGACUACUGUACAGGCGUCUGAUGCUGACAGGUCCGAUGAUAACUCCAGAAUCACGUACGGAAUCACAAGUGUCAGUCCCUUUGUUUCCAUUGAUGCCACAAACGGUAGUGUAACCGUUAGCAGUGCCUUGGAAAGUGGAACGUACGUAUUAAGGGUCAGGGCGUCAGAUCACGGUUUACCACCGAAAACAGACGAAGUCACUCUCCGUAUGAUCGUGACCAAAGUAAGCACAAACACAGCUCCGAAGUGUCCGGAAGAUGAUAGUAUUGAGGUUACUUCUGGCAACCUUACAACAGGGACGACAGUCGCGACCAUUAAAGCAAAAGAUGCCGACAACAGUCCAAACGGUGACGUUUCCUACAGUUUUAAGUCCCUAACAGGAGAACUGGCAAGUCUGUUCGGCAUUGACCCGUCCACUGGUCGUAUUUACGUUGCGGCUGAAGUACCACAGAUUAACAACACUUUCUCAGCGGUUUCAAUGAUAGUUGAGGCCAGAGACAAGGCUGUAGAUUCAUUGUCCUGUGAAACAAAAGUCGUUGUAAUAAUAAGUAAUGAUAACCGGAUUUCAACUGAAAAAGCAUCUACAACUAAAGUGGGUGAAAGCACGAUCCGUUUGGUCAGGUCUACCGCCGAGUUUACAACAGGCCCAGGCAUUACAACACGGGAAUCAGGUGGUUCUACAGCUCACCCAACAACAGAAAUGGCGACAACAACCAAAGAGUAUGAAAAAGGCACUACACAGACAGCAACGACAGAAGUACCCAUGUCAGUGGAAACACGUUUGUUCAGAGGCGUCAUAAAGAUCAAGAAUCGGGAGUGGAAGGAUGAACUGGAGGAUCAAACAUCUGAUGAGUUCAAGAAUUUGGCUGCAGAGGUCCAGGAAGAGCUGGAUAAUGUGUACAGGAACAGCGACCUUAGGGGCACAUAUCACUCUGUGGAGGUUACGGGCUUUUCUCGCGGAAGUGUUAGAGUGGACUUCAUGGUUCGCUUCAACUCACCCACGGCCACACCUAUUGCUAGUGAUGAUGUCCUAGCUGUGUUGGAAGGAAAGACAAACAUUGGUGGUCUGCAAAUAGACCACACUGUCACCAGCAUCUCAGAGGUGACCGGAGAGGGAGAAAGUUAUGUGUGGUACAACAACCCUAUAAACAUCUUAGCCCUCUGUGUUGGUGCUGCCGUCAUUUUCACAAUUCUGGUAAUACUGGUGAUUUGGCGUGCUAAAAAGAGUCGUCGCAAGAUGGAUAUAGCCAGUCACAAUCAAUGGCCUUCCCAAAAUGCACAGCGCCUACUCCAACAGCGCAUACUGAUUCCACGUGCGAGGCUCUCGCGAGACUCUGCGAGACAGAUGUACCAGAACCCGGUGUACAAUGUCAACGAAUAAUUAGGGAGAUGUAACUACAUGAUCCAAGCGUUCCAAUGAAAAUGGAACCGGAUCUUUUAAAUAACAACUAAUCCGGAAAUCAUUAAUAAUGACAAAGUGUAUGUCAAUAAUUUAGA